GUGCUACUGUUUACAUGUGAAUGACACCGUCCAGCCGGCCCCAGCCAAGCAGAGAGCUCAGAGACAGGUUGCAGUCCUGCGGGGAGAUGCCUUCCCUGCACCACGGAGCAAUCUUCGUCGGAGCCUUCCUCAUUGUGACCGGGGGCUCCACAGCCUUCCUGGCCUCCUACCAGAGCCGCCUGCAGGCUUUCUCGCUGUGCUGUGUGGUGCUGGGGGUGGUCAUGCUCAUCCUGGGACUCUUCUGGGCCAUGAACAGCAAAAAUGUAGCGAACUACAACCACCGGGAUUUCGACCCGGACUGUCCCCAUUACCCUUACAACGACUACUCCAACUACUCCAGCCAUGCUCUCUUCUCUCCUCAGCUGACUCGGUUCCCAGAGUCCCAGUCCGUGUUUCUGCCCAGGACGAUGGAGAGCCAGAGGAACGCUACUCGUGGCGAAGAUUUCGACUAUCCACCCAUGGACUGUGGCGGGUUAAGCCCAGCACCUCGCCCUCCACCGUGGCAGGAACCCCCGCCUCCGUAUGAGGUCGCCAUCAAAACCACCUGUAGCUCUACACACCUGCGGCGUGCAUAUUCAGACACACACCUGGCAACAGAGCCCUUGUUUGGACAGUCGAGAGAGAUUAGCUUUGAGGUGUGACACGCCCUCUUCUCUUCUAAAUGGGCAUAAAUUUGAUGCUAGCUCCUACCCUUUGUGAUUCAUUUGAAGCCCACUUCUCUCUGGUUUACUGCAUGUUUUUCCUACGUUAAAUACGUCAAACAUGAUUAAAGCUAGUUCGAGGUCAUUUGGGCAAAACAAAGCGUUGUAAGCCAACAUUUCAACAAUUUGCUAACAAAUACUGAGCUAGCUUAAAUAUCAUUCUUACAUUCCAAACUGAGCACUACAUUGUUUUUCUAGGGAUCAUUCUAGGAUGAUUUGUAUCAUAAAACAUGUAUUAGAGAUAAUAUUAUUACAAAUUAAGUAUGAACUGAGAAGCAGCUACAGCAUGUUAGUCUAGCUUAGCAAAACACAGCGACGAGGUGAGUUUUAAUGAUGGCUGGGUAACAAAAGGUAACCCAUGUAAUGGUGACAUUCCUACUGAAUUUAUUUUUUUUAUUUAAUCUUUUUUCAGUGAAUAUCAAUUCUGAAGCUAGAAGCUUUAAUGAACCAGGACCGUUCACCUCUAUUUGCAUGAGGCUAAAUCAUUUAAAGGGAGCAAAGCCUCAAUCAUACAUACCACUGAGACUUUAAUGCAGCUUAAAUGAUUAAAGUAAGAAAUUACAGACCUUAACUUUUCUGACUGAAACUAUAAUACUUUUCUUUAAGCUUAAUGUAGGGUUUUAAAACUACAGCGCGUGGGGAAGAAUGGAGAUUGAUUCACUUUUGGAGCUAGAUUUAAGGGGACAUUUUGAGGAAAUACUUUUUAUUUUAUCCCUCUCCCAAUCUAAAAGAGGAUCACAAAAGACUGCGCAAAAAUUUUAACAUUUUGUAGUGUAUAAUGUAAUGUCUGGUGUUUUCCCACAUAUAAUGUGAUACAUAGCCAUCACAAUUAAACUGAAAAAGUUACAGAUUUCCUCGAAGGUGUUGGAAAGACGAUAAAAGAUGCAAUAUUCUAGUUGCAUAAGUGUAACCAAGCCUUUUAUAGUAAUUAUUUGAAGCUUGUUUUGACUCAGCUUCAGCAUUUAGUCUUUUGCACGAGUCUGUCAGCAUCCAACAUUUUGACUUGCCAAAAUUUGCCCACUCUACCUUCUGAUCCUGCUAACAUUUUCAGAGUCUCUCAGAUUGUCAAGUUCCUGUCAAGUUUACUUCUAGGUUUUGGCUUACCCAUUCCAAAUCGUUAAUGUUCACCUCAUAAAACAUUCGUAUGUGGAUUUGGAUAUAUAUUUUGCAUAAGAGGGGUGUGUGCUUUCUUGACCCGCUGUACAGCCAAGCUGAGGCUUACCAUGUUUAUCACUUACGCUUUAAAUCAGCAACUAUACAGCUUGAGGACUUCCAGAAGCACAUAGAUCAAAUGUUUGGUAAUGAAUGUAAAGAAAGCCAAAGAUAUCGAUUAAUGCCAAUCAAAGAAACUUGACUCUUUUUUUUUAUCUCUCUUCAAAUCAAAUUGAAACAAUCUCAUGAUACAAAGAACUUAGCAUCUGGCUUAGUUGCAGAAAAUUUGACAGAUAUAACAAUAGGGGUUUUUUUUGUUGUGAUUUGCAGCUUUUCAACAGCAAAUCAAAAAAGGUUGUUAACCUUGUUGGUCACACUUUGGCUGAAAAGAGUUAGCAGUGAUGGAGACCUUGUCACAAAAUACCAACAUUCACAGGAAUUCAGGAAAAAGAAGUUUGACGGACGGUUGUUUUCUAGGUAAAUACCGUCCUUGAAGUUGCAGCAAACCUUUACGUGCCGAGCUUUGACAAUCACUUUGGGUUUGAUGGGAAAACAUCAGCAGCUGAAAUGGUGUUAACUUCCAUCAAUUGCCUUAUAGCGGCAGAAGCAAGCAGAAGGUACAAAAACCUGCUUUAACUCAACAAACACUUGUGCACGCUUACUUUCUAGGAUUUACCAGCUGACUGAUUUUUUUUAAUUCUUAUUUUCUAACCUGCAAAGUUGUACGUUUGUCUUUUUUUUUUGUGAAAAAAAGAAAAAUCUUGAAAAAAUGCUUGCCUCGUUUUUUUCAUUUGUGUGCUGAGCUUAUUGUCCUCCUCAUUGUGCUGGAAGCUUGGGAACACUGACUCAUCUGACCAUAUGUGCUUCCAUGUGCUCAACAGACCACUGCCCUUCUUUGGCGUAGCAUCCUCUGCUUUUAAAUAUUACAACAUGGCCGACUGCAGUGCUUUUGUUUUUGUUGUUUAAUUUUUUUUUCCAUUUUAAAGAACGACACCAGAGUGGUUGAGUUUUAAUCAGUUUUCGAGGUACGAUCUUCUUUCAAAGACCUUUAUCGCUAACGUUGCGACGUGGAAAUGAACUUGUACGCGUCGUGUUUAUUGUUUACUUGUUUAUGUAAAUAUGUGCUUCAUUUCUGCACAAAAGCUAAAAGCAUCAACUGGAAACCAUUAUCUUAGGUCAUAAGACAAACGAUUCAGACGGAGUUACAAUUGUGGAAAAAAAAAAAAAAAAAGGUUUGUCCAAGCAGGCAAAAAAAAAACUCUUGGAGGUUUUCUGGACGGCUGAGUGCAUAAUACUGCCAUCACCCUACGUUGCACUAUUCAUUGUAAAUAGUGCAAUGAAUAGUGCACCAUUCAUUGCACUAUUGUAAAGGAAGAAACUGCACUGCACUCCUCUGUUCUCUGACUGAACAAGCACAAUAAAUGCAGCCUGUUGGACUCACAGCAGAAGAGACAAAAUUACUGUGUGUGCAUGUUUAAUUUGUCUUAUUAUUAUUAUUAGUAGUGAGAAAAUGCAAGUGAACAUCUAUGUCAGAUCAUGUGAGAGUGUAUUAAUUUUUCUUAAAUAAAACAUGUGGAUGGAA